AGUGACAAAGCAAACUGAGGUAGGAGCUUGUCAGUAACAAAGCCAAUCAGGAGAUGUGCAGAAAACACCGUCUCUGCUAAGAGAAGCUCUCAGUGUGGCCUGUUGAAGAAAUGUUGUUGAGGUCAGAUUAACCUGCUGCUACAUCCAAGCUAAUGGCUACCAUGGUGAUUAAACUGCUGCUAUGCUACAGCUACAUCCAAGCUAACCGCUACGCUGGAGGCAGCCAUCGCUAACAGCUCCCGCCUUCUUCUCCUCAAAUGAUGCUCAUCAGUCCAAACCGUUUUCGGCUCUGCGCAACUGUGCAUUGGAGCUUUGCAUGACGACAGACUGGCAAUUCCAUCUGCUUCACAUAAUGCAACAGUACAACAUUACCCACAAUCCUACAGUGUGACGGUAACAUACCAGAUUGGCUGAAUGUGCCUGUAGUUGGGAAAUGUCCGCAUUUGAUCUAGUUGUACCUCUAGAAGUAAAUUCAACAGUUGUUUUAUAACUAAAGGUGGACUAAACUGGCUAAGAAAAGGAAAUUAAAGCUUCAUGGUGAAGUAGAAGACCUAAGCUUGCACAUUUUCCACCUAAUUCCAGGUUUAUUUGUGAUUGCACAGACUUCAUGGCACAUUUUUUGUCAGGCACAACCUGGAAACGGCUCCACAGCCCACCUCUGGGUCCUACCCCAACAGAUAAAAUAUUGUGGUGCAUUUAGAGUUUUUUAUUGUAAAAAUGUCUCGAAGCUGUCCUUUUAUCAGAGUUUUGAAAUUAUCAAAGAUUUUAAAUUCAUUUGCUGUGAAGCCAACCUUAAGAAAAUAAGGGUCUGGAAACUUUGAGGUGUUAGAAUAAAGCUAAAAAAUGUAUGACAUGUUAUCUGAACAUGCUGGACUCUGUUUAUUCAACAGGAACAAAAAAAACCUGUACACCACACAGACAUCCAGACUGUUUCCAUGUAAAUAUCCUCUGUUUUUGUCGCCUCCAUGCCAAAAGCUCCGUCAUAGUUUUAAGGUCAGCCUGAAGGUCAGGCAAGUAUAAAACGACCUUCUCAGUAACACGGCGAAUAAAGGCUGGAGUGAAGUCAGACGCCACGCUGACCUUCAGUGAACUUGUGGAGAACAGCUGGCAGCCGUACGGUAACAUGAUAACCCAAACAUGAGCGUCUGUGUGCGGCCGUGUGAUUGGUUCAGAGCAGAUGGAGAUACGCAGACAGAUGCUGGUUAAUGAAAUGUCAGCGGGACAGCUGGGCAGGAACAGGACGGGCUGACGGAGGACUCCAGCGAGCUCAGGAGAAGAAAGCACGAUAAACUCUGACCGUGUCAAGUUUAGUGGCCAAACUAUAAUGAUAAAAACAAUCAGGAUACAGCCACAUGACAUUCACUAUCAACAGGAAGUGACAAAAUACCAAUGACUCAGGAGAGUCCAAACCAGCCUUACUCAACCCUGCCUAAACAAAGAGCCAAACUGUUGAAAAACACAGUUGAAAGAGCCACAACCUAAGAGCUCUUCGACCACGUUGCAGACUGUCUGGGCGACUUCAUGGAGAAACAAAGCAUCAAGGAUAAAAAGCUCCCUGUAGGAUUUACCUUCUCUUUCCCGUGCGUCCAGACCAAACUAGAUGAGGCCGUCUUAGUGACAUGGACAAAGAAGUUUAAAGCCAGCGGUGUCGAAGGCAUGGACGUGGUCAAACUGCUGAACAAAGCCAUCAAGAAACGAGGGGAUUAUGAGGCGGACAUCAUGGCGGUGGUGAAUGACACAACUGGCACCAUGAUGACCUGCGGAUUUGACGACCAGCGCUGUGAAGUCGGCAUCAUUAUUGGUACAGGGACGAACGCCUGCUACAUGGAGGAGCUGCGUCACAUCGACCUGGUGGAAGGAGACGAAGGCCGGAUGUGCAUCAACACGGAGUGGGGGGCUUUUGGCGACGACGGGUCCCUGGAGGACAUUCGGACAGAGUUUGACCGUGAGAUCGACAGAGGAUCGAUCAACCCGGGGAAGCAGCUGUUUGAAAAGAUGGCCAGUGGGAUGUACAUGGGAGAGCUGGUUCGACUCAUCCUGGUCAAGAUGGCCAAAGAGGGUCUGCUGUUUGAGGGGCGGAUCACCCCGGAGCUCCUGACGAAAGGAAAGAUCGAGACCAAACACGUUUCUGCCAUCGAGAAGACUAAAGAGGGACUAAAGAAAUGUAUGGAAAUCCUGACGAGACUCGGAGUGGAGCCUUCAGACGAAGACUGUCUCGCCGUGCAGCACGUGUGCACCAUCGUCUCCUUCCGCUCAGCAAAUCUGAUCGCUGCCACGCUGGGAGGAAUCCUCUCACGCCUGAAGGAAAACAAAGGAGUGGCACGCCUCCGCACCACGGUGGGCAUCGACGGGUCGCUGUACAAGAUGCACCCUCAAUACGCACGCCGCCUUCAUAAGACGGUGCGGCGCCUGGUCCCAGACUCAGAUGUCCGCUUCCUGCUGUCAGAGAGUGGGAGUGCGAAAGGGGCGGCCAUGGUGACGGCAGUGGCGUACCGUUUGACGGAGCAGGCGCGCCAGAUUCAGCAGACGUUGGCUGAGUUCAGGCUGAGCAAAGCGCAGCUGUUAGAAGUGAAGAAACGCAUGAGGGUGGAGAUCGAGAGGGGCCUGAAGAAGGACACCCACAAGGAAGCCACGGUGAAAAUGCUGCCCACCUAUGUGAGGAGUACACCGGACGGAACAGAGAAUGGAGACUUCCUCGCUCUGGACCUUGGAGGGACAAACUUCCGUGUGCUCCUGGUAAAGAUUCGCAGUGGGAAGAGGCGGUCAGUGGAGAUGCAUAACAAAAUCUACGCCAUUCCCAUAGAAGUCAUGCAGGGAACAGGAGAGGAGCUCUUUGACCACAUCGUUCACUGCAUCUCUGACUUCCUGGACUACAUGGGGAUGAAAAGCGCCCGAUUGCCGCUGGGCUUCACCUUCUCCUUCCCCUGCUACCAGACCAGCUUGGACGCAGGUAUCCUUGUAACCUGGACCAAAGGCUUCAAGGCCACAGACUGUGAGGGUGAGGAUGUGGUCGAGCUUCUGCGGGAAGCCAUCAAGAGGAAAGAGGAGUUUGAGCUGGAUGUGGUUGCCAUAGUGAACGACACCGUGGGGACGAUGAUGACCUGUGCAUACGAAGAACCAACCUGUGAGGUCGGGCUGAUCGCCGGAACGGGCAGUAACGCCUGCUACAUGGAGGAGACGAAAAACAUCGAGAUCGUGGGGGGAAACGAGGGGCGUAUGUGUGUUAAUAUGGAGUGGGGGGCGUUUGGAGACAACGGCUGCCUGGACGACAUUAGGACGGUCUACGACCAAGCCGUGGAUGAGAACUCGCUCAAUGAAGGCAAACAAAGAUAUGAGAAGAUGUGCAGCGGUAUGUACCUCGGAGAGAUCGUCAGGCAGAUUUUGAUCGAUCUGACCAAACGUGGCUUCCUGUUCCGGGGACAAAUCUCAGAGACGCUGAAGACCAGAGGCAUCUUUGAGACCAAGUUCCUGUCACAGAUAGAGAGCGAUCGUCUGGCGCUGCUGCAGGUCAGGGCGAUCCUGCAGCAGCUGGGGCUCGACAGCACCUGCGAUGACAGUAUCAUCGUCAAGGAGGUGUGCGGCACGGUGUCCCGCCGAGCGGCUCAGAUCUGCGGAGCCGGAAUGGCUGCUGUGGUGGACAAGAUCCGUGAGAACAGAGGAUUAGACCACCUGGAUAUCACCGUGGGCGUGGACGGCACACUCUACAAGCUGCACCCACACUUCUCACGGAUCUUCCAGCAAACCGUGAAGGAACUCGCCCCCAAAUGUGAUGUGAACUUCCUGCUGUCGGAGGACGGCAGCGGGAAGGGGGCGGCGCUCAUCACCGCCGUAGGCUGCCGUCAGAGAGAGCUGGAGGCGCAGCAGCACUGAGGAGCUCCAUCCCAUCAGUCCUAGACACUACCUGCUGCUCCACCGUGACCUUCACCCACCACACUGCCCGACUCCACCCCCCGCCCACUUGGCAGCCGUGACUCCACCUCUGCCCCACUUGGCCCCUGCCCCCCUACACAGCCAGAGACGUGCUGCAUGCAUAGUGAACUAAUACUAAAUAUUUAUUUAUACUGCACCAGAGGGUUUAUUAUUUCAGUGUUUGUACAUUUCCUCGAUAGCUUGUCGAUAAUCUGAUAAAACUAAACUCCUUAGCUGUGCAAUAUUUGUGUAUUGCUAAUUUUAUUUUUAUAUGGAGGCAAAUAUAUAAUUGUAUUUAUAUAACUGAGGCCACUUUGAACCCCAGAGGUCAUUGGGAUUUUGCACCACAGACACAACAUAGACAGGCACUUUUUAUACGCGGGUUACAUCUGCAGCAUUUAAUGAAGGACAUGAAACUCAUUUUUACAGACGCCACUGGUCCAGAGAACCAGUCCAAAAAGGGCUCGCUGCAUAGGGUUGAAUGCAAGAGUCACGGCUGUUAAAAUCACCCUCAUUUCUGUGCAACACGCUCACACCAUGUGCUUGGCUACUAACCCCUUUUGUGUAACUAUCAGUGUAACUCACAUAUGAAGUAUUCCAGCAGCACCAUCCCAUUUAUUCCCGAAGAGCCGAGAGCGUAGAAAAGGCCCGAAGUGGAAGUGUUAGCGUAUCCUGUUGCUGUUUGUGAACUACUAUAUUUUUGGUGUUGUGGUGAAUCCCACUUCUACUCAUUGUAUGUGCAGAGAAUAAAUGUUUAUUGGGCCCCAGAAAGGAGUGGAUACUACGAGCGCUUUUGUGUGUAUUUGUGGCUGCGUGUCAGUGUGUCCUACUGUAAAGACCUGUAGCUUUCAAUGUCCAGAGCUCUGUGGAGACUGCAUGCCUUACAUUAAGACGGCGGAGAGCGACGGAUCCUUUUCUUUUCUUUCUUUUUUAUAUCAUAUAGAUGUGUGAUCGACACAGUGAAAAGUGAAUUCAUUAAAUUAUAUUUUGUUGUGGA